AGGAACUCCCACCGUGGAAAAAGAUGGCGCCUUCGCGGCCGUCUUCCAAGUGGCGGACCGGAGGGUUUGCGGCGCGUGGGGAAGGGAUCUCUCAGGUCAGAUUCGGAAACCAGAAUGGGAAGCGCAGGACUUGGCGGCCGAACCCCCAGCAAGCCUUCCGGGGGAGCGUGCGCAAGGGACAAGGUUUUGCAUUUCGGAGAAAACUGAAGAUCCAGCAAAAUUACAAGAAAUUGCUGUGGAAGGUGAAGGAGGCACCAGCGUCACAGGAGUCCCAGUUCACAGAUCGUUACCCAGAGCACCUGAAACACCUCUAUCUGGCCGAAGAGGAAAGACUCAGAAAACAGCAAAGAAAGGCUGGCCUGGCUUUGUCAGAAGAACAGGUUGACCGGCCUUUGCCUGAAGAGGAGGGCAGCACUGAGCAGACUUCCUCUGAAGAACCGCCAGGUGGUCACCAGCCACAGCCAGAAGAGCUGAACACAGGAAGUUCUGUGACUUUUCCAAAGAAUAAGAAAAAGAAAACUUCAAACCAGAAGGCACAAGAAGAGUAUGAACGAGUACAAGCGAAGCGUGCUGCUAAGAAAUUUGAAUUUGAAAUGAGAAAGCAAGAGAGAGAAGAGGCUCAAAGGCUCUACAAAAAGAAAAAAAUGGAAGCUUUCAAAAUACUGAGCAAAAAGACUAAAAAGGGCCAGCCUAACCUGAAUUUACAGAUGGAGUAUCUUCUGCAGAAAAUACAAGAAAACAGUUAAAGCGGACACUUUGUCUCUAAGGACUGAAUCCUGACUGACUGUCGCAUCCUUUUGUAUGUGUAUGGGAACCUCCUAAUAAUGAACUCAAUUUGUUGGCAUCAAGUGGAUUGUUAAAUUAUUUUUGGUUUUUGUGAAAGAAAAUUUUGUAUAUAUAUUCUCCACCCCCCCCCCCAAAAAAAAAGACUUUAUCCUGAAGAUCUUUAAAAACUUCAGUGGAAUUUAUAUGAAAUAUACUGCUUUGAAAUAGGUCUGAGCUCACAGUGAGAUAUUUUCAGUGAAGUGAACAUGUUUCACUUGGUUACUAGAAAUUAAACUUAGGUCUGUGCACUGGC